AUGCUGCGUACACGCAUAGCCCGCCCGCUCCUGGCCGCCAGCCGCACGCGCGCCGUGGUGGUCCCCUCCCGCACGCUCAUCGCCCAGCCUCCACACCUGCCGAACGGUGCUCCCCCACAGCCUCUGCCCACGGCGAUCAAGCAGAACAGCCCCGAGACGGUCGCUGCAAAGGAACACAUGGGCCAGCUGGUCGAGCGCUACGAGGGUCUGCGCGCCAAGGCGCGUGAGGGCGGCGGCAAGAAGACGCUGGACAAGUGGAAGAGCAGGGGAACCGGAAAGCUCGGGGCUCGUGAGCGCAUUUCCGCACUCCUGGACCCGGACAGCGCGUUCCUCGAGCUCUCCCCACUCGCUGCGCAUGAGGUGUACCCCGACGACCUCCCUGGUGCCGGCAUCGUCACUGGUAUUGGAACCGUCUCUGGCCGCCGGUGCAUGAUUGUCGCCAACGACCCCACGGUCAAGGGCGGAGCAUACUACCCUCUGACCGUCAAGAAGCACCUCCGUGCGCAGCAGGUGGCGCUCGAGAACCGCCUGCCGUGUAUCUACCUCGUCGAGUCGGGCGGUGCCGCGCUGCCGUACCAGGCAAACGUGUUCCCGGACCAUGACCACUUUGGCCGCAUCUUCUACAACAUGGCGCGCAUGUCCGGCCUGGGCAUCCCGCAGAUUUCGGUCGUGCACGGCAUCUCCGUCGCUGGCGGCGCGUACAUGCCCGCCAUGUCUGACGUGGUCAUCAUUGUCAAGAACCAAGGACGUAUCUUCCUCGCGGGCCCGCCCCUCGUCAAGGCCGCGACGGGUGAGGUGGUCGACGACGAGACCUUGGGCGGCGGCGAGAUGCACACGAGCGUCUCGGGCGUGGCCGACUACCUGGCCAACAAUGACUCGCACGCGCUGCGUCUGGCCCGCGAGGCCGUGCUUGACCUGGGACACGCGAGCGUCCCGUCUGUGAAGCCCGACCGCCCCGUUCGCCCGCCAGUGUACCCGGCCUCGGACCUGAACACCAUUGUGCCCCCCGACUCGCGCCAGGCGUUUGACAUGCGCGAGGUCAUUGCGCGUAUCACGGACGGCUCCGAGUUCCGCGAGUUCAAGAAGGAGUACGGCAAGACGGUCAUCACUGGCUUUGCCGAAAUCCACGGCCACACGGUCGGCAUCAUUGGCAACAACGGUGUCCUCCUGUCGCCCUCUGCCCUCAAGGCCACGCACUUUAUCGAGCUGUGUAACCAGCGCGGCAUCCCGCUCGUGUUCCUCGUCAACGUCUCGGGCUACAUGGUCGGCCAGGCGGCCGAGCGCGGCGGUAUCGCCAAGGACGGCGCCAAGAUGGUACGCGCCGUCGCGCGCGCCAAGGUGCCCAAGUUCACCAUGGUCGUCAACGGCUCGUACGGCGCCGGCAACUAUGGCAUGUGCGGCCGCGCGUACUCGCCCCGCUUCCUGUUCAUGUGGCCCAACGCCAAAGUGUGCGUCAUGGGGCCUGACCAGCUCUCGAGCGUCAUGCAGACCGUCUCGGGCAAGCGCCACUCGGACGACGCCGAAAAGCAGUUUGCAGCGCUGCGCGACCGUAUCGAAAAGGAGUCUGAGGCGCUGUACUCGUCCGCCCGGCUCUGGGACGACGGCAUCAUCCAGCCCAGCGACACGCGUGAUGUCCUCGGUCUCGCUAUCGAGCUGGCGGCCGACGAAAAGGCAAGCAGGAAGAACGGCGGCGGCGGCGGCGGUAACGGCACGCGCGGCGAGAUUGGCGCCGACGGCGAUUCGGGCGACUGGGGCGUGUUCCGUAUGUAG